AUGGCACAAUCUCCAAACUCUUCUUUAGAUAAUACUCCAACUUCUAAUAAUCAAAAAAAUAUAUCUCAAACAAAUUUUUCUCUUCCAACUCUUUCUUCCAACUCAUCUCUCAAACGUGCAAUAAUUACCGAAGUAGAUCCUUCCCAAAUGGAACCUAUCAAUCAAAAUCAAGAAAACAGCAAAAAAAAGAAAAAAUCCAGACACGUGCCGUACAACAACAACAACAAAGAAAAUAGACGAGUUACACGUAGCAUGUCAUUAAACAACAAUACCCCAACACCCCAAAACUUUUCACAAUCACACGCCGAUUACUCAUCAGCAUCUGAAAACGAAACUAAUUCACUCAAAAUCUCAUCUGAAAUCUCAUCUGAUGAUAUGGAAGACAUGGAAGACAUAGAUUCUAUGUUCCCACUCAUCAACAAAUCACCCCAAAAAAAUCAAACUACAUCUACACAAAUAAAAAACACACCUAACUUAACCAUACUAGGCAACAACAAGGAAAAAAACAACGAAUGGAUUACUAUAACAAGUAAAACCUCACACAAAGCGUGGAUCAAAGCAUCAAUUCUCCCACAGGAAUCCACACAAGAAAAAAUAAACACCAUAAUCAAACAUCUAGCGCAUAUCCCUGGAUAUGUAUCAACCAAAUCUAUCCCAUUCAAUUCUGAAUCCUUCAUCCAAAUCUCAUUCGAUUCACAAAAAGGAUUAGAUCAAGCACUCCAAAUCUCAAUUCAUGAUCAACAUUUCUCCAACACCAAACCCAAUCAUGAAACCAAUCAAUUUAUCAACAACAUCAUUGCUCUCAGAGAUGUUCCUCUCAACACUGAAGAAAGCCUCAUAAGAUCUACUAAUUUUUCUGAUAACACGAGGUCACCUACGCUACGUCCUUGGAACCAAACAAACCUUAAUAACUCUCACAAUACUCCCACCGACAAUUCUUUAAACUCAAUCUCAUCUAUUCGUAAUGCAGUCACUUCACUUAGAAAUGAUGUCAACAACAUCAUGGCAAAAUUUCAACAACUCGACUCCAAGCUAGAUAAAAUUCUCAACACCCUCACCACUCAAACACCAAGUUCAAAAACUUCUACUCACACACAAUUUGACGAUACAACUACUUCACAUAAUCAUAAUGACAACAUCAAUGACAUGUUCAUGCAGAAUGACGAACUCAUUGAUAACACCAUCAUUACUCCUCACAAAACUCUUCACUUUGAUAAGCUCAUCAAUCAACUACACCAAAAAGAUGUCACAAUUAACGAACUCACAAAUCAAAACAAACAGCUCUAUGAAUCAUACAAUACUCUCAGUGAAAGAUUACUCCAACUUGAACAAAAUAUUAAUAAU